ACGUUUUUAGAAAAAAAGUUCUUUCCAAGCCAGUUGACAAACCAGUUGUAGUCAAUCAAAGACACUUGAUCGACAAAAUUCUGGCACGUUAUCCCACAAAAUUUACGGUAUUUCGUCAAUUAAUACAAAAUUCUGAGGAUGCUCAAUCGUCAAAGGUUGAGAUUAAAUUUGAAACUACAAAUCCGAAAACAGAUAGAAAUACAUUAAAAGAUAAAACUAAAAGGAUUGUAUUCAGAAAUAAUGGAAUUACCUUUAAACUCCAAGAUUGGGACAGAAUCAGGCAAAUUGCCGUAGGAAAUUUUGAUGAACAAAAAAUAGGAGCUUUCGGGGUUGGUUUUUAUUCAGUGUUUUCAGUUUGUGAAGAGCCAUUCAUAAUUUCGGAUGGACAAGGAAUGGCUUUCUAUUGGCGUGAUGAACAAUUAUUUACAAGACAAGGUGAAAUUGAUGAAAUUGAUAAUAGAGUUUGGACAAUAUUCGCAAUGGAUUUGAGAGAGCUUACUGAGUUUCCGAGUGUUGAAGAAUUUACACAGUUUUUAGCAAGCUUACUAGAAUUUGAAACAAGAAAAUUGAUAAGUAUCACAUCGGGCGCUGAAACAUUUUCUCAGAAAAAGAUGUUUCAACUAACCUCAAUAAAUGUCGAAGAAAUUAAACUAGACGCCUUAGUUCUGAAAAAUGGGUCCAAUGGAUCAUUAAUUACUGAUCAUAAACCAGAAGAUUCAUCUAUAUUUUUUAAAAUUUUCAGUGGAAAUUUAGAUGUUUUAGUUGACGAGAAAUUUUCGAAAGAAAUGCGCCGAAUUACCAAAAAGAACUUACCAAGUGUAAAGGCAAUACAGAUGAUUUUCACUGGAUCUGAAGUUAUUAUUCCUCCAAUAUUUAAAAAGUUAUUUCCAUAUCCGAAACCAGGAAGAAUUUAUAUUGGUUUUCCAACCCAGCAAACGACAGGAUAUUGUUCACAUUUUGCAGCUCGUGUAAUUUCUACUGUUGAUCAUGAGUCAAUUGAUUUAGUAGAUAAAACUUUGGCUGUCUAUAAUAGUGAGAUACUACGUUUAGCAGGAGUGUUAUGUAGAAUUUUGUAUGAGGAUGAAAUGAAUCAAAUAAAAAAACGCUAUGAGGAAGUUAACGACGAAAACAUAAAACAUAUUCAUGAACAGCUAGAAAAACGUUUUGCGUAUACUUUAACAUAUUUCACGUUUGAACCAAGUACACCAGAUGCACUUGUCAGCGAAAUCAUCGAAUCACAAUUUUUUGGUUAUACGGAACAAAAACCGUUGUUUCUAUUGACACGUAGUGUCCUUCAAAUGACUGAAGUCCGGAUGCCUAAUUCAGAAAUGGAAGGAUUCAUAAAAAAAAUUCCAGUUGUUCCAAAAAUUGUAUUUGAACAAUGCGAUUCUUUUUUCAGAAAGGCAAAGAAUAAAUAUAUGAAGGAGCUAUCUUUUCAAGAUGUUUUAAUUGAAUUAAAAAUUUGA